AUGUUCCAAUUACAAGGUCCACAAAUGCUGCAGAUGCUAGAGAAAUCUUUGAGGAAGUUCCUCCCUGAGUCCAUAAAGGUGUAUGGGACCGUCUUCCACAUGAACCAGGGAAACCCGUUCAAGCUAAAGGCCCUGGUGGAUAAGUGGCCUGAUUUUAACACAGUGGUUGUCCGUCCCCAGGAGCAGGAGAUGACAGAUGACUUUGAUUACUACGCCAACACCUACCAAAUCUAUUCCAAGGACCCCAAGAACUGUCGAGAAUUCCUUGGCACAUCACACGUCAUCAAUUGGAAACAGCAUUUACUGAUCCAAAGUUCACAAUUCAGCCUGGACGAGGUAAUACAAAAUCUUGCAGCCAUUAAACAGGUCAAGGUCAAGCAAACACAAUGCUUCCUCUAUAUGAUGCCUAAGACAGCAAGAAGACUGCUCCCUUCACUGCCAGAGGCAAACAAUAUACCUCUUGAAAUCGGCAGACCCAAAGCCAUGAACCAAGAGCUGUUUAAACUCUCCUCCCUUGAUGUUACCCACGCUGCCUUGGUGAAUAAAUUCUGGCAUUUUGGUGGCAAUGAGCGAAGCCAGAGGUACAUUGAGCGCUGUAUCCAAAGCUUCCACUCCUUCUGUCUGCUGGGACCAGAAGGGACCCCUGUGUGCUGGAAUCUGCUGGAACAGACAGGAGAGUUGCGCAUGGGGUGCACCCUGCCUGAGUACCGGGGCCAGGGUCUCGCACCCCAUCUCUUGUUAGUCACUACACAGGCUCUGGAGAAACUUGGCUUUCCUACAUAUAUCAGUAUAAAUCAAACCAACAAUAUCAUGCAGAAAAUCAGUCACAAUCUGCAUUUCAUUCCCAUGCCCUGUGACUGGAACCAGUGGCAAUGUGUCCCUCUGUGA